AUGGUGCGAACACGGCAGUUUCUAUUGGUUGUGGUGCAGGCGCUGCGCUGGGCAGGGAAAUGCGGCCGUGGCGAGGCGGGGAUCUCGACGGACGUGGGGAGGCCGAGCCACGAUAGCAUGGCGCGGCGGCCGAGUGUUGACAGCGUGGGCCGGCGGCCGAGCCGCGAUGGCCGGAGGCCUCCCUCUGAGGUUUCUACUGCUACACCCGCUGGCAGCCCGCAGAAGUCGCCCUCCAUGCGCCCGCACAGUCCCCUGGGAUAUGCGGGCGUUCAGGUCGCCGGAAUGAUGGAGCCUGAGUCGGUUCGGCAGGGCUCCAAGGACACCAGCGAGGGCCGCACAAGCUCCAAGGAGAGCAAUGAGGCUGCGAUCGCCAAGGACCGCACACGCAUGACCUGCCAUGUGUGCGGCUACAAGUCAGUGCCCCAGUGGAUGAACGACAAGGCGCACUGCCUGAAGUGCGACGCCGUCGUGAAGACCAGGAACUCCAUCCAUGGGGAGGUGCCCGUGCCUGAGAAUGUGCAGAAGGACCUUGGGGCCAGCCGACUUCCUGGCGAGGCCUCCACCUAUAAAGCUGCCCCUGGCAGCGCCAUGGAAUCCGCCAGCGGCACCUGCAGCAAGUCCCCGGACGGGGUGCACCACUGGAAGUACGGCAAGUGCAACUUCUGCCAAGUGGCCGAGGGCAAGUUGGUCAAGGGUCCAGGCGUCAUGGCAAACCCCGGCGGAGCGGCCGAGUGCGACAUGGGGGGCAAGUGCAUGUUCAAGUUCGCCAAGUGCACGAAGUGCGGCCGUGGCGAGGCCGGGAUUCAGGCCGACGUGGCAAGACGUCCAAGCCACGACAGCGGUAGCCGCCGGCCAUCAUCCGAGGUUUCUACUUCUGCAACACCGGCUGGCACCCCCCCGAAAUCUCCGGUGCUGCGGCCACAAAGCCCGCUGGGAUCCGCAGGCGCACAGCUCGCUGGCAUGCCCAAGGAGGAGGAGGCGGCACGAUCGCCUUCCAAGAGCGAUGAGGUGCGGAAGAUCUCCAAGGAGAGCGAUGGGCCCGCGGCCAAGGGCGGCGAGGAUCGGACGCGCAUGACGUGUCACUUGUGUGGCUACAAAUCGGUGCCCCAGUGGAUGAACGACAAGGCGCACUGCCUGAAGUGCGACGCCGUCGUGAAGACUAGGAACUCCAUCCAUGGGGAGGUGCCCGUGCCCGAGAAUGUGCAGAAGGACCUUGGGGCCAGCCGCCUCCCCGGCGAGGCCUCCACGUACAAGGCAGCCCCCGGCAGCGCCAUGGAAUCCGCCAGCGGCAGCUGCGGCAAAUCCCCGGACGGCGUGCACCACUGGAAGUACGGGAAGUGCAACUUCUGCCAGCAAUCCGAAGGGAAGUUGAUGAAAGGCACUGGCGUGGUGGCUAACCCUGGCGGCGCUGGCGGCUGCGAGAAGGGCGGAAAAUGCGUCUUCAAGUUCUCCAAGUGCAACAAGUGUGGCCGGCGAGAGUACUGA